AUGUCAUCAACAACCCUCAUCCCACCAAAGGGUGUCUUCGUCCCGUCGCCCACCUUCUUCGACCUCGCCGCCUCCUCCCUAAAGGGAUCCCUCCAACCACCCGUCGACACCGAAACCCAAAUCAACCACAGCAUUUUCCUCGCCCAGGCCGGCAUCACAGGCAUCACGUUGCUCGGCUCGACGGGCGAAGCCGUGCACCUUACCCGCGGUGAACGUAGACAUCUAGUGUCGACCGUGCGUAAGGGCCUCGACAAGGCCGGCUACCCGGACUACCCGCUCAUGGCGGGCGUGCUGACCAACGGCGAGCUGGAGGAAACGCUGCAGUGGCUCGACGACUACCACAAGGCCGGCGCCCAGUGGGGACUGGUGCUCACGCCGGGGUACUUUGGGCCCGCCGUGUCGCAGGAGGGGUUGAUUGAGUGGUACAAGAUCGUGGCGGAUCGCAGCCCCAUUCCGAUACUGGUGUAUAACUACCCUGGUGUCACGAAUGGAGUGCAGGUCCUGCCGGAGACGUACCGGGUACUGGCGCAGCAUCCUCGGAUUGUCGGGUGCAAGAUGUCGCACGGAAACGUCUCACACCACGUGCAGGUAUCGCUCGACCCGGCCAUCGACCACGACAAGUUCCGGGUGUACAGUGGCUUCGGCAACCAGCUCGGUCCGAUCGUGGCGUUUGGCGCGGCCGGUGUCAUCGACGGCAUGGCGGCCUUCUAUCCCAAGACGGUGGUCCGGUUGAACGAGCUGAUGCAGAAGGGAGGGUUCAACCCCGAGGAGCGAGCCGAGAUCCACCGGUUGCAGUUUGCCGUUAGCCAGGGCGAAGAAUUCGUCAUGCGGUAUGGCGUACUGGGUAUCAGGGAAGCUGUGUGCCGCGUGGCUGGGUUUGGCAAUCUCGAGGGCGGCCGGCUGCCACUCCGGGGGAAGCUGCCGGAAGGGGCAUGGGAUAAGGCGAAGGGGUUGUUCUUGGAGGAGAUCCAGAAGCUGGAAUCCUCGCUUUAA